AUGGUUAUCCGCCGUGUCUCUGAAGCUGUCCCAGUGGCUGAUCCCAUUGGUGGUUCUCCCAAGCAAAAUGCUUACAUGCAAGGCAUUACUGAACAAUUCACCAUCUCUGAUGAUUAUUUGCAAAAGAUAUGUGAUCACUUCAUUGAGGAAAUGAACAAAGGUCUCAAUACGGAGGGACAUACAUUGGCCAUGAUUCCAUCUUACGUUGAAGGACGGCUUACAGGUCAAGAAAAGGGUCACUUUUUGGCGCUUGACUUGGGUGGCACGAAUCUUCGAGUGGUAUUGGUGACGCUGGAAGGAGAAGGCAAAUACACAACCAAGUAUUCCAAAUCUCGUGUGACAGAAGAUUUAAAGACUGGGCCCAUGCGUGCUCUUUGUGAUUACAUUGCUGAAUGCGUGGAUGACUUUUUGACACAAGAGGGCUUGACCAAUUCGGAAUAUACAUUGUACCUUGGCUACACCUUUUCAUUCCCUGUGCUUCAAUCCAAGAUCAAUCGUGGGAUUUUGAAAUCAUGGACCAAAGGAUUCAAUUGUUCGGGAGCCGUGGGCAAGGAUCCAGUGAUGUUAUUACAAGAUGCCCUUUUGAGGAAGAACGUACCCGUCAAAGUGUCUGCUUUGGUGAAUGACACGGUUGGCACGUUACUCUCCCAUGCGUAUCGGAACCCUAAUACAAGCAUCGGCAUGAUUCUUGGGACUGGAUCGAAUGGAGCGUAUAUUGAAAAGAUGAGCAAGAUUGGCAAAUGGAAAGGUGGCAAGACGACAAGUGAUGAAAUGAUUAUCAACAUGGAAUCGGGAGCAUUUGACAACGAACGUAUGGUGCUUCCAGUGACACCAUUUGACAACAAAGUGGAUCGACAAUCCAUCAAUCCCAACAGCCAAAUCUUUGAAAAGAUGAUAUCGGGCAUGUAUCUUGGAGAGAUCGCACGCAAUGUAUUAUUGGAUAUGAUGGAUCGCGAGAUUAUCUUUGGCCCUAUUGACAACCGUUUCGAUUGCAAGGCAUGGAGCAAAGAAAUAUCAGGUCACUAUGCGUUUGAAACGUCGUACAUGUCCGAGAUUGAAAAGGAUCCCACAGCUGACUUGAGCCAAACCAAAAACGUGCUUGAUCUCAACUUCAACAUGCGAGAUGUAUCGACGGUGGAAUGCAAAAUGAUUAAACGUGUAUGCGAAUUGGUGGGAACAAGAGCAGCCCAUUUAGCAGCAGCAUCGAUUGCAGCCAUUGUCAAGCAUUGUGGUGUCACGGAACAAGAGGGCACAGACGUGGGCAUCGAUGGAUCGCUGUUUGAAUUUUACCCUUCAUUCGAGGAUCGGAUCUAUGAAGCAUUGACCAAACUACUCCCAGAGUACAAGGAUGUGCGUAAAACAGUACGAUUGGGUCUGGCCAAGGAUGGAAGCGGUGUAGGUGCCGCCCUGACAGCAUGCGUAGCAGCAGCCAUGGAACAACGCCAAUCUGGUACCAUUGCCUAA